AUGGUCCUGCAACAACAGUACAGAGAGAAAGGUUUCAAGAAGUACUCUGAGUUGAUUUCCCUUCUCCUUAUGGCUGAACGAAAUAAUGACUUACUCAUGAGAAAUCACGAUAAUCGAUCCACCGGGGCUACACCAUUGCCUGAAGUGGAUGAGGUGUGUUCCCAUUAUGCUAAGCGUGGAAAAGGUCGUGGCCCUGUUUGUGAUCGUGGCCGUGGCCAAGGAAGAAAUUUUUCUAGUGUUAAUCAUCCCCCAAAGAAAAAUAACCACCAAAAGUGGAAAGGAAAAAAUGAGAAGCCAAAGGCAAAGUGUUCAGAAACUGAAUGCUAUCGUUGCGCUGGAAAAGGGCAUUGGGCAAAUAUUUAUCGUAUACCAAAAUAUUUGGUUGAGCUUUAUCAAGCAUCUCUAAAGAAUAAAGGCUCAUAA